ACGGAGCUGUCGCAGGCGCUCCAGCAGCUGUCGGAGAAGGCCCGGGCGGCCACGGAGUUCAUCCACACACUCAAGACGCUCUCGGAGGAAGUGCACGGAAACUGUCGCGAGGUAGAGGGCGUGAUCGUGGCACAGGUGGACGCCCUGGUGGAGGCGCUGCAGGCGAGGCGCGUCGACCUUAUCAACUGGGUCAGGAGACAGCGGGAUGCAAAGGUACAUUCACUGAGGGAUCAGGUGCAGGAGUACACUCACACCCUGCAGUCCACCACCGCCACCAUUCACUUCUGCAUUGAGGCUCUCAAGGAAUCAGACCCUGCUUCGUUUAUGGAAGCCCAGGAGAUCCUAGAAGAGCGCGUGAAUGCCAUGUCUCGUGACUGGGACCAGAGCAUGGUGUCAGAGCCGAGGGUGCCGCCUCACUUUAACCUCACGCUGGAUGACAAGACCUUGCUGACAGCCAUCCAGCAGCUGACCUUCAUCCAGCUGAAGCCUCCUGGCACCCCCUCCAUGAUCCCUGAAGAAUGCAGUGCUGAGAACAACAGUGUGACCAUUGCAUGGGCUCCUCACCACACCUCUUGCGUCACAGGCUACACACUUGAGAUAGAUGAUGGGGCAGGGGGAGCUUUUAGAGAAGUAUACUCAGGGGAACAGACAGUAUGCACCAUUGACGGUCUCCACUUCAACUCGAUCUACAGGGCCAGGGUUCGGGCCUUUAACUCGACAGGGAAUUCCCCCUUCUGUGAACCCCUCUGUUUACAGACUGCAGAAGUGGCUUGGUUCACAUUUGAAUCAAGUCAUCCAGAUGUAACCAUUUCUGCAACUGGAUUCACUGUCAGUUGUGAUUCUUAUGAACACCGUGUGGUCCUGGGUAGUGUUGGCUUCUCUCGUGGAGCACAUUACUGGGAAUAUACCUUGGAGAGAUAUGAUGGGAAUGCAGAUAUUGCCUUUGGACUGGGAAGAAUUGACAUAUGCAAGGAAAUGAUCCUAGGAAAGUGUGGAGGCAGCUGGAGCAUGUACAUAGACAGUGAGAGAUCAUGGCUGAUGCAUGGUGGUGAGCACUUCAACAGGACUGCAGGCGGUGUAAGGGCUGGGGACACUGUUGGGCUGUUGCUGAGUUUACCAGAAAAAACCCUUAGCUUUUUUGUUAAUGGGGAACUUCAGGGCUACGUUUCACUCGCUGGGGUGACAGGUGUCCUCUAUCCUGCUGUGAGCCUGAACCGUAGUGUUGUCCUCAACCUGCAGACUGGACUCCAUCCUCCACAGGCACUUGUGGAGACUCCUAUUGCUGCUAAAACAUAGAUAUGAUGUAUAGUUAAACAUAUUCCAACUUUGUGUGGAAUACUAGUAUUUUUUCUUUUCUUAAUUUUGUCUUACUAUUAGUAUUGGCUUACAGUAUGUCUUUGACUUACUAUAUUAUCUUUGUUGAUGUUUUAGCUCUUUUUAUUAACUGAGGGAUUAGAUAUGUGUUAUUUCUUUUCAUUCCUUAAAGUAAGCCUUCAAAAACAAAAUGCAUUACUUUUCUUUUUAGUAGUCUUUGUAUAUAUACAAUGUGAAAUUUGACUUAGAAUAAUUGGUAAAAGAAGGUAUUUUGUUUUUUAUAUGCCUAAAAGGUGUUAUAUGACAUAGUUAUACCGAAUUGUUUUCAACAGUAAUUUUUAUACUGUCAGGAACUAUGUGCCUCCAUUUAGCACAUAAAUACUAUUAAUUUAAGUAGUGAGUGGUUUGUCUGUUCAAAUUUAGUGUCCUUCAUGUGAUAACCUCGUAAGUGUCAGCAAGUUUAUUGCAUGAAUUACAAGAUCUCAUGAUAUGUCAUGUAUUCCUUUUUUUGAGCUUUCCUUUUCCUUUCAUUAGAUGAUGGAUAUCAAGUGGUGAUAUAUGAAAGAAUGAAAAAAAAAAAAAUGACAUAUCAUUGUAUAUAUUGUACAUAAUUUGCAUAUUCAUUGUCAACUUGAUUACUUGUAUGAUUAUGGUAUAGAACUAACAUUUAUUUACUAUUUUCUAGUCCCACUUUCUUCACGGUUUAGUGUCUAUGUUCAUAUACUUCUUGCCUUCUAAGAGCUUUUGUUGUCUGUGUUAGUUUCUUGUAUCAUUAUCUGCUAGAUUCAUCUUGCAUUUUACUAGUCUUACAGAAGGUAAAUACAGGGAAUAUUAGUGUGGUAAUUAUAUCCAGUGAUAUCCCUCCAUUAUCAACACUUUACUCACAGUAGCAAAGGAGCUGUUGAAACAGCCAUGAGAAAAUGCACUUAAAAAUAUCAACACAAUGUUAGAUAGUUUCACACCUGGCUGUCUAGAAUAUCAGCUUAGGUUUCUCUGCUUGUUAAAGAGACUUCGCAUUAUGACGACUGAGACAUAUUUAACCUCUUUGAUGGUCUUUAAGUAUCAGGAGAAAAAAAAUGUAUUGAUCAUAUUACCAGUCAUAUCAGUUUGAAAGAAAAUUUAGAAAAAAAAUUGUAGGACUUGUGUUGAAAGAGCUUACGUCCCUAUGAUCUACUGCCAUUCCUUUAGGAAGCAUUUAUUAAUCAUAAAGGCAUUUCUAUAUAAAUGCAUUUUAUAAUAUUUCUAAUAACCAGAAGUGUAAAUAAAUAAUGAUAUUGA